AGGGGUGGAGAGAGAAGGGAGGAGGGAUGGGGGAGGGAAAAAGGGAGCGAGGUGUCUCCCUAGCUCGCUGCCUCUGGUAAGUGGAGUUUUUAAAAAGCUGGAGCAGAUCAUGUCAUGACGACUUCGCUGCUCCUGCACCCGCGCUGGCCGGAGAGCCUUAUGUACGUCUAUGAGGACAGCGCGGCGGAGAGCGGCAGCGGCGGCGGCGGGGGAGGCGGCGGCGCGGGCAGCGCAGGGGGCGGCUGCAGCGGAGCGAGCCCCGGCAAAGCCCCGACCAUGGACGGGCUGGGCGGCAGCUGCCCGGCCAGCCACUGCCGCGACCUGCUCCCGCACCCCGUGUUGGCCCGCCCGCCGGCUCCUCUGGGUGCACCUCAGGGCGCCGUCUACACGGACAUCCCAGCCCCGGAGGCGGCACGCCAAUGCGCCCCACCGCCGGCGCCCCCCACCUCGUCCAGCGCCACCCUGGGCUACGGUUACCCAUUUGGGGGCAGCUACUACGGCUGCCGCCUGUCGCACAACGUGAACCUGCAGCAGAAGCCUUGCGCCUACCAUCCGGGAGACAAGUACCCGGAGCCGUCGGGCGCCCUGCCUGGUGACGACCUGUCCUCCAGGGCUAAGGAGUUCGCCUUCUACCCCAGCUUCGCCAGCUCCUACCAGGCAAUGCCCGGCUACCUGGACGUGUCGGUGGUGCCCGGGAUCAGCGGGCACCCGGAGCCGCGUCACGACGCGCUCAUCCCUGUUGAAGGCUACCAGCACUGGGCUCUUUCCAAUGGCUGGGACAGUCAGGUGUACUGCUCCAAGGAGCAGUCGCAGUCCGCCCACCUCUGGAAGUCUCCCUUCCCAGACGUGGUUCCUCUACAGCCCGAAGUGAGCAGCUACCGGCGCGGGCGCAAGAAGCGCGUGCCCUAUACGAAGGUGCAGCUGAAGGAGCUAGAGAAGGAGUACGCAGCCAGCAAAUUCAUCACCAAAGAGAAGCGCCGGCGCAUCUCAGCCACCACGAACCUCUCGGAGCGCCAGGUCACCAUCUGGUUCCAGAACCGGCGCGUGAAAGAGAAGAAGGUGGUCAGCAAAUCGAAAGCGCCUCAUCUCCACUCCACCUGACCCGUCCGCUUGCCCGCCCGCCCCGACUAUUUAUGUCACUGCUUUGUACCAUAACGGAAUCCACCCGAAGGACGCUGCACCGGCGCAGACCACUAUUUAAUCUUACAGAGAAAGAGGAACAGCUCUGCCUUACCCUAGUCCCAUCCCACCCCUAAUAUCACUGCCCCCCGCCAGACGGCACCCACUCAGCAUCCUCAGCUGUAGAGGUGGGUUUGAAUGGGGUGCCAAAGGAAGACUGUCUCUAACCCCCUGGCCUUUGUGGCUUGUCCCACUAGAAAGCCGAGUGGCCUGGAGAGUUCAGUCAUUCCUACCAAAGCAGGACUGAGAUUCCAAAUUACUCAGUUCUUGCCUCUUCCUGUGCCUCAGCUUGUGGAAGACACUCCUUCCCCUUCUUGGGGUGCAUGGGCACAGGAUCUGGGUAGCUCUUUCUUUCUUUCUUGUUCUCCCUUUUUACUGUCAUUCCUGAACUCCGUAGGCAAGGUUUUCCUAGUUAGGAUUUUUCUGUGCAUCUUUUAAAAGUGUUAAUGAUGAUGCUAAUCCUUAGGGUCUGGCAGUGUAACAUAAUUCAAACUGAACCGUUCUUGGAACUUGUAGAUUUUCUUUUCUUUUCUUUUUUCUUUCUUUUCCCUCUCUUUCUUCCUUCCUUCCUUCCUUCCUUUUCUCUCUCUCUCUCUCUCUCUCUCUCUCUCUCUCUCUCUGUCUCUCUCUCUUUCUUUCUUUCUUUCUUUCUUUCCUUCUCUGUCUGUCUCAACAAAAGCUGGAGUUGGUGCAGCCCCUAGCCACAUCCUAACCCAGAAAUGAUUCCCAGGAGGUGCCUUUGACCCCACUGCCUCCUCUGCUUUGCACUCAGUCCUAUGGAAAUCCAAGGAGGACAAAAAAAUCUCCAGCCACAAUGCUAAGUGUGGCUUCUGUCUCUUUCUCUCUCGUGGUGAGGUUGGGAAUUAGGCCAGGCUUAGAAUCAGAACUUUUUAUCAACUUCUUUAAAAGAGAUAGAGGGUGGGUCCCUCAGAAGAUCUUCAGUCAUAUCUCUACAUAAGCAAUAGCAGUAGGUGGAGAAGAGAGACCACACACUUUCAUUUUUCACUGAUUUCCUAAGCAUAACUUGAGGAGCUGAUGGGGGGGGGGGGCGGUGACAUCAUUGGUCCUGGAUAAACCAGCUAAAUGUAGACUCUGCCUAAUUUCUCCCUCCUCAAAAGCCAACUUGGUGCUGUGGGGGCCCCCUCACCUCUUCCCUUCCCACUGGCUCAUUACAAAACAGUGUUCUUUUGAAAUGCCCAUCUGAAAUAGGCUCUUUUUUUUUUUAAUGUUGUGUAUCUGUAUAUAGUAUCGUGACGUCUGAAUGACAAUGUAUUGAAUGCAAAGAAGAAAAAACCCACAAACUCGUUUUUAAAAUAAAAUAUCCUUUUGUUUUUGGUCUUGA